ACACUUCAUUCUUUGUUUUCAACAAUUAACAAUAGACAUAAGAGCUGAUCUUUGAACAAAAAAGUCUCAAUUCAUCACAAAAAUACAAAAAUUACAUCCUCUUAACUUUCAAGGUUCUGUUAGGCAUCAUCAGAGUUGCAAAUUUCUUUUCGAGUUUACAUUGUGACACGAUUUUGAAAGAGUUGUUGUUGCUUGAGAUGUUGUGAAUGACUACUUUUAGUCGAGAGAGGUUUGCUGAGAUCUAAGAUUAGCUUUUGUCUGCAACGGUUGCUUGAAAUCCGAUAGUCAUUUUGAGAUGCAAACAUCUCAGAGAACACAAAUGUCUGGAAGUGUUCACGGAUUGUACAAUCAGCAAAUGCAGCAAGUUGAGCAGUAUUACGCCCCUUACGAUGUUCUUAAGAACAGCUGUAAGGAUAAUCGUAGCUCAGGGAUGCAAUUCUCUUUACAGGCACAAGACGAACAAUUCUUCACGCUGGACUCGUCACCAGCUACCGACUAUGUUGUCAACGAUUCACCUCCUGCCUUGAGUGUUUCUUCCAACAGGAGUCCCUUUUCUCCUCAAUGUUCACAGUCAUACAUGUCUGAUCUGCAUCACUCCUCUGAUAACACGUGUGGUUCGCCUUUGAGUGGGUGUUCAGGAAUUGAUGAUGGUGACUUGAGACAUGUGCUUCGGGAGCUGGAGAAUAAAUUACUGGGGCCUGAAUCUGAUACUGACGACAGCUGCAGUUGCUCCUUGAACGAUAUGGUCUCAAAACCGUCUUCUGUUACAAGGUGGAACCGAGUGUUGGACAUGGCCCCUGGCUUGAACUUGAAAGAGUUGCUCGAUGCCUGUGCUGAAGCAGUGUCAGAUGCUGAUAUCUCUACUGCUGAAGCUCUUAUGAGUGCUUUAGAGCAACGGGUGUCUGUGUCUGGGGAACCGAUGGAACGAUUGGGUGCAUACGUGUUGGAAGGGAUUAGAGCACGACUACUAUCGUCAGGAAGCAUCAUAUAUAAAAAAUUGAAGUGCAAAGAACCAACUGGCUUGGAACUAUUGUCUUACAUGCAAGUCAUCUUUAACAUGUGUCCAUACUACAAAUUUGCUUAUAUGUCUGCGAAUGUCGUCAUUAAUGAAGCCAUGAUGAAUGAAAACAGAAUCCAUAUCAUUGAUUUUCAGAUUGCACAGGGAAGUCAGUGGAUGUUCCUCCUCCACUAUCUUGCUCAUCGUCCUGGUGGACCCCCAUUUGUCCGCAUCACAGGUGUUGAUGACGACGAAUCAGCUUAUGCUCGGGGUGGAGGACUUCAGCUAGUAGGCAAAAGGCUAGCAGAAGUUGCCAAAUCAUGUGGAGUGCCUUUUGAAUUCCAUGGUGCUGCACUAUCAGGCUGUGAGGUCCAACUAGAGAACCUUCGGGUUAAACAUGGAGAAGCUCUGGCAGUAAACUUCCCUUAUAUGCUGCACCACAUGCCAGACGAGAGUGUAAGUACUAUCAAUCAUCGUGACCGCUUAUUAAGACUAGUUAAGAGUUUAUCCCCCAAAAUUGUGACCUUAGUUGAACAAGAAUCAAACACCAACACCGCCCCUUUCCUUCCAAGGUUCCGUGAAACUCUUGAUUACUAUACAGCAAUGUUCGAAUCAAUUGAUGCAGCUCGUCCUAGGGAUGACAAGGAGAGGAUCAGUGCAGAGGAGCAUUGUGUGGCACGAGAUGUUGUGAACAUAAUAGCAUGUGAGGGAGCUGACAGAGUGGAAAGACAUGAACUUUUCGGAAAAUGGAGGUUAAGACUUAUGAUGGCUGGAUUUACUCAAUGUCAAUUGAGUCCAUCAGUUGGUGAGACCAUAAAGCACAUGUUGAAAGAGUACAGCCCUAAUUAUCGGUAUGCAGAAGGCGAAGGAGCACUCUAUCUUGGAUGGAAAAAUAGAGCUUUAGCAACUUCCUCUGCCUGGAGAUGACAUUUUUUGCCCUAUGAUCUCGUCGUUUCAUCUUCAUAACUUCUCGUUUCAUAUAUACAGAGCUCGGAGUAUGGAAUGUUUAGGUUUCUACAUGCUACCAUAGGGAGGAAUAUUGUGAGUUUGAAAUAGACUCCAUGUCUCCAUAUUUGGGUAUUGUCAUUUCCCUUUGUAUUUGAAUGCUUUUUUUUUUUAGUUGUACAUUUUUGUUAUGCACGGGUUCAUAUUUGGUUAAUCGAAGCCUAUGUACAAUCAUUUAA